CACAGCAACAUGGGUAAAAUCGAAUGGGCCCCACUAAAUGUGCCCAUGAGGCGACGGCUCGAAACCCUAUCCACUGCCCUUUGGAUGUGGUUGAUACUUUUCGGUGAGCUGGGAAUGCUUAUAUCUUACUUCCUGCUGCUGAUUUAUGGUAACUUAUUCGUUAAAACUCUCUGCGUCAUCUAUGGAUACUUCAUCUACACCGAUCGAAAAAUCACAACAAACGGUGGCCGAGGACAAGGUGUAAAAUGGUGGCGAGAUUUGUUUUGGUGGAAGCUCUACCAGAGCUACUUCCCGGCGAAGCUGCACAAGACGGUUGAUCUCGAUCCGAACCGGAACUACCUAUUUGCCGCCUUCCCGCACGGUGUUCUAGGAUUGGGUGCCUUCAUCAACUUCGCCACCAAUGCUACCGGCUUUCAUGAAAAGUUCCCCAAAAUCCGGUCUCGUCCCGUAACGCUUAACUUCCACUUCGUGAUACCCUUCUUCCGGGAGAUCCUGCUAAGCUGGGGGCUAGUGUCCGCCAACCCAAGCAGCAUUCUUAGCCUGCUGAAAGCAUCGAACAAACCAGACCAACCGGUAAACGAUGACGGGUUCACCUCCAACGCGGUGGUGAUCGUCGUAGGUGGAGCGGCCGAAUCCUUGCACUGUCGCCCAAACAACUACACGCUGGUGCUGCGCAAACGGAAGGGUUUCUGUAAGCUAGCUAUUAAAGCGGGCACACCGAUCGUGCCGGUUAUGACGUUCGGUGAGGUGGAUCUGUUCGAUCAGCCACCGAAUCCGCCCGGUUCGAAAUUGCGCCGGUUCCAGGAGUUUGUGAAGAAUACGACCGGUAUUGCUCCGGCUGCGUUUGUUGGACGUGGAUUCUUCCAGUACAGUUACGGACUGAUUCCGCGGCGGAAGCCUCUGAACACAGUAGUUGGUGUUCCGGUGGAAGUGACGCAGAUAGACGACCCGACGAACGAACAGGUGGACGAGGUGCACGAACGGUUCUGCCGCGAGUUGGACAACUUGUUCGAAACUAACAAAUCGCGCUUCAUCGCUGAUCACAAGAACGUGAAGCUUGUGCUGGAGUAAAUCUUCAGCAGAACGUAC